AUACACGUGAAAUGCAUAGGAUAUUUGUCACAUUGCAUUUAUAUUGUAGCGAUAUUGUUCUUAUAUACAAGCAUAUCCAGUUAUCAAGCACAUGGAGAAAGAAGUCAAUCGAUGCUAACCAUUCAGAUUAUAGCCGUGCUUUCAAAAGUAUUGUUAGAGCUCAUUUAUUUGCAUAUUGGACUUCAAAUUCUAUCUCAACCUAAAUGAAAAUUUGUCCUUGUAUUAGUGAUAUUUUAAAAAUGUCUGUUCCAACAUUGCUGAAUGUAUUGCUCUUUAGAUCUUCAAACGGAGUCAUGAUUUGCUGAUAGGGAAGAUCAAUAAAUGCAAACUUUUGCUUGAAAGAACAUUGUGAACUGCAAAGUUCACCACUGCAAUAUAAUUUUAUUUCCUAUUUGUGCAGUUCUAUUUGGAUAUGAAGUUUGUUGUGUGUUUUGCCUCCAAUGGUCGGUAUUUGUCAAGGAAUUUGCAACGAAUUGUCAAUGAAAUUAUAACGAAGGCAAUGGCGGCAUUUUCUGCUACAGGGAUGGAUCCAUAUAGGGAACUGCCUGAAGAUGAGUGGUUCAAUGAAAUAUGUCAAGAUGCUAUGGAAAGAUUAAGUGGAAGACCAAAGGAAAUAAACGGGGAGAAGGACCUUAACAGCCUUACUGCAUCUGUCUCUACGCAAUCGAUUUCAUUCGUCAGAUCUCAUUGUAGUUCCUAA